AUGACAAUGUGCGAAGACAUAAAGGUACCUAAAGCCAGUCUUUUGAGUGAAUGUCCACAGAAAAGAUUUAAAUCGUUUUAUGUGUCUGAUAUACUUGACGAAGAAGAUUUUCAUGAAAAUUCUCACAAAUUUCAUCGAAAAAAAUCAUCUGAUCCUAAACAAAGUAUUCGUCACGAGAGGGAUGUUGAACAAUACACAUCAGAUAAUGAAACACUGGAACAUCAAAGCCAAGAAAGAAGAGGAAAGCCUGUUUCUAGAGGAAAGACGUUCACACCAGUUGAUUGUGACAAAUUCUCCAAUCUUAAAAGUCGUUCGCCAUUCCUAGCUGAACAACGCGAAAUGCUGGAAAAGAUAUUUAGCAAAACAAAGUAUAUAAGCUCAACCAAAAGAAAACAAAUUGCAAAAGAUUUAAAACUGACUGAAAGACAGAUAAAGACGUGGUUCCAAAAUCGUCGAACAAAGUUUCGUAAAAUCCAAGGCAAUGAUGGCCUGCGACGGCAUGAAGCGUUAAGUUCCAUGCAACUGGGUGCCCCUCAAAUUCUCUCGAAUAUUGACCAAGGAAAAGACGGAAUACCAAAGGAAUGGGUCUUAACUUUGUACAAACUGUUGUCAAACAGCUAAGGAGAAUUUUCAUUUGAAUCUCGCUUUUACAUAUUGUAUAUAUGUAUCAUGUAUGUUUGAAAAUAUAAUGAAAACAUGACGGUUUGUAGUACGGUAGUCCGUACAUGGUGCAAUGUAAAA